UAGACCGUGACUUCAAACAGAACGGUAACGUGGAAUGAACAAAUAAAGAACCACUCUGGUUAACUUGAUUUUACUUUUGGUUUUUUGGAUUUAAAACCAACGGUUGUUUCGUUUUUCUUGUUUUAUUUUUCUGCUUUAACAAAAAAAAAGAGUUUCACAUUGAAAAAAUUGUCUGUGACACAUAUAAAAAUGUACAACAAUUUACAAUUAUAAUAUUGUUCGUUCGAUGCAUAUUAUGAACAUUUCGUGAAUAUCAACAACAUAUACGAAAAUAAUAAGUUUAAAAAAAGUAAAUCAAAAUUAAGUGUUGGAAACAAAUAAUUCAGAAAAAAGAAAUCCAACGUCUACGACUGGCGUAUGGCGAUAUAUACUUGGUAAUUUAAAACAAAAAUGAGCUGCGUAUAAGGAAAACUUGAGUAUAUAUAAUUCGUGCUUGAUAUAAUUAACUCAAAAUCUCAAAAUGCAAAAGCUAUUAAAAUUGACAUCCAAUAACAAAGUUAUACAAAAAAACGUUUACUAAUUAAAGAAACAUUUAUUUAUUAUAUUUAUAUUUAUUUCAAUUUAUUACCGUUGCCGUUACGCGUAUCUCAAACCAAAUAUGCCGCUAAUUUACCAAUAUUGUGUUAUUAUGAAGUCAAUUUAUUAUGAUCGCUUUAAUGGAAAAGCAAUGAAAAUAAAUCGUUUUAUAUGAAAACAAAUUGAGUGUUCCUUUUGUUUAGCAAUUAAUUUUCGUUUUGAAUAUUAUCAAAUUGGGAUACUCACAAUAAUGCACAACUAACUAAUUGAAAUUAUUGAAUCGAACAAAAAAAAAAAGAAUCGCCCAAUCAUCAUAGCAGAACUAGGUGCGUAAAAUCAUGCAAACAUUUCGCGAUUAUUCUGCACAAGUGUUAUACCAUCACAAGUGCUAUCAAUGAAUGUGCAUCAUAUUGAAAAAAUUCAAAUGUUAAUUAACUGAAUGUGUAAUUAAACAAAGCAGUGCCACAAAUUUAAAAAAUGUUGUAUUAAGUGCACUAAAAUGCAUUGACUCAAUGCAAUUGGUAUGGCAUAUUGUGCUACGAAAAAUAUUUCAACGCAAGGACUUUCAGUCCUAGUUUUCGUGUUGCAUAUUUAUUUGGUUUACUGUGUGUCGACAACCAUACCGUCAGCAAUCUCAGAUGAUGUAGUCAUCCGUGAAUCGGUUGUCAUACCAUCAUCGGUGAAUUCGGAACAAGAGGCCAGGGAAUUGUACGAUCAGGCAUUGAAGCAAUAUGGAUCGUAUGGAUCAUUUGCCAGAAAUAUUUGCUCGACGUGGGAGAGACGAGGAUGUCAAUGUUCGGGUGGGGUUGAAGAACUGGCACUGUCCUGCCGCAGUGUUGGCUUUGAAGAGAUUCCAUUGGAUUUACCGGCGGAGAUAGUUAAAUUAGAUCUUGGUGACAACAAUAUAACAUAUUUGCCAAGUAAAUCAUUCGAUACGGUUCCACAUUUAGAAGAAUUAGUACUAUCAGACAAUACAAUAUCGAAAAUUGAUUCAGAAGCAUUUAUUGGUUUGCACAAGUUGAAACGUUUAUCGUUGCACAAUUGCGGCCUUACUGUAGUCCCUGGAGAAGCAUUAAAACGAAUACGUGGUCUGACUACAUUACAACUAAAUGGCAAUGCAAUUAUGGAAUUGGAUGGAAUUGCUUUUGAGCAUCUGAAAAAUCUUCGUACACUUCGCCUUGAAGGGAAUAUGUUGCAAAAAAUUCCAACCGAUGCACUCAUUGGUCUCGCAUCAUCACUUGAAGCUAUAAACUUGGGAUCGAAUCACUUAUUUAGUAUAAACGAAGGAGAUUUUCCGUUAAUGGAAAAUUUACAUUACUUAUUGCUCAAACGUAAUCGUAUAUCAAACAUAGCCACAGGAUCAAUUGGAAAUUUAACAAAGCUGAAAGUAUUAGAUCUCGACGAUAAUGUCUUAAGUGCUAUGCCAACGGGCCUAGACCAAUUAACGCAUCUUCAAGAAUUAUUCCUUUCCGGUAAUAAAAUUCGCUGGAUAUCGAAAGAUGAUUUACCGAGUAGUAUUACAACGUUAGAAUUGAAAGCCAAUCCAUUGGUUGGUAUUAAAACUGGUGCAUUACAGAAUAUGCCACGUCUUAGAAAAUUAGUAUUAUCGGAAGCACGUAAUUUAAAGGACGUACCGUCGCUGGAGGGCUGUGUAUCGUUGGAGACACUUCGAAUGGAUCGGGCGAGUUUGUCAAGUGUUCCCAGCGAUCUUUGCUUAAAUUCACCGAGAUUGAAAAGCUUGGUACUAAAGUCAAACAAACUUCGAAGCAUUCCUGAAUUGGCUAGUUGUAAGGACUUGCGAAUAUUAGAUUUAUCGGACAAUCGAAUUGAUUCGUUACAUGGAAAACCUCUUAAAGGGUUGGGACAAUUACACGAUCUAUUACUGUCUUAUAACGAAAUUGCAACCAUUCCAUAUGAUGCUUUCUUCGGCGUACCCAAUCUGCAAUCAUUAGAUUUGGAGGGGAAUACAAUCAAUUUCAUUCACGAAGAUUCGUUUGCUGGUUUUGUACAAUUAGAAGAUUUAAAUUUAGGAAACAAUAUUUUUCCAAAACUGCCAAAGACUGGUCUGCAUAGAAUCUUGCAUUUAAAAACCUUUAAUAAUCCGAAACUUCGAGAAUUCCCAGCCCCGGACACAUUUCCACGAAUUCAGACGCUAGUUCUCUCAUAUGCGUAUCACUGUUGUCCAUUUCUACCGCUAAUGACGGUGCCAACAGUGUCCAAGCACCCGUCGCUUAAAGAAUCUGUUCUGUUUCCCACAGAUGAUGAUUUUGACAGAACCUUGUGGAAUAACAGCCAAACGGAUAUUUGGCCGCAACUGCACAACCUCAGCAAAAAAUUUGGCAGUCAAAUAAAUGAUCUGUGGGAUUCAUUCGGCCAAGACUUCACUUAUCCAGGAAAUCUACCGGCCUAUGUCGAAGAAUAUUUUGAAGAAGAAACAACGCCAACGCGCCCAUUCAGUUCGGAGCUAACACCUGGCUCUGUACAAUGCUUACCAAUGCCCGGUCCGUUUUUGCCAUGCCAAGAUCUAUUCGAUUGGUGGACAUUGAGGUGUGGCGUUUGGGUGGUGUUUCUGCUGGCUAUGCUUGGCAACGGCACCGUUGUGUUUGUCUUAAUUUUCUCUAGGUCAAAGAUGGAUGUACCACGAUUUUUAGUGUGUAAUUUGGCUGCUGCCGAUUUUUUCAUGGGCAUCUAUUUGGGUAUGUUGGCGGUUGUCGAUGCUAGUACAUUAGGUGAAUUUCGUAUGUAUGCCAUACCAUGGCAAAUGAGUUUCGGUUGUCAACUAUCCGGUUUUUUGGCGGUCCUAUCGUCCGAACUAUCGGUUUACACUUUGGCUGUUAUAACGCUGGAACGUAACUAUGCAAUUACUCAUGCAAUGCACUUGAAUAAACGGUUAUCGCUGCGACAUGCUGGUUAUAUUAUGAUCGUCGGUUGGAUUUUCGCAUUGACGAUGGCUCUAUUACCAUUGCUGGGUAUUUCGGAUUAUCGAAAGUUUGCAGUGUGUCUUCCAUUCGAGACCACAAAUGGAACGGCCAGCCUGGUGUACGUUAUCUUUUUGAUGUUCAUUAACGGUGUGGCGUUUCUGAUACUGAUGGGAUGUUACUUGAAGAUGUAUUGUGCGAUCCGUGGCUCUCAGGCGUGGAAUUCGAACGAUUCUCGCAUCGCAAAACGUAUGGCCUUAUUAGUGUUUACAGAUUUUAUUUGUUGGUCACCAAUCGCCUUCUUGUCGCUGACAGCCGUAUUUGGUUUUCAUUUAAUAUCUUUGGAGCAAGCGAAAGUGUUUACGGUAUUUGUGUUGCCAUUAAACUCUUGUUGCAAUCCAUUUUUAUAUGCAAUAAUGACCAAACAAUUUAAGAAGGACUGUGUGUUAAUAUGUAAGGCUAUUGAAGAAUCACGAGUGACUCGUGGCAUUGGUAGAUGUAGACACAGUUCAAACUUUAGUAAUCGACAAACUCCGGCAAAUACGAACUCAUUAGCUGAACGUUCGUCUAAGGAAUUGCCGCCACUAACGCCCGGUCAAACUUGUGCAUGUGCCAAGUUAUUAGAACAAGACGCACCGAAAAGUCGUACGGUCGACAAACGUAACAUUUUUGCGCGUGCAUGGGGACGAUUAUUUCGAAAGAACGUUAAACGUUCCGAAAACCGUCGAGACAUGCGAUCCGACCAAUAUGCUUAUCAAAUAGCAGAAAUCCAACAGAAACAAUAUAAACGCGCCGGAUCGGUGUCCAGCGAAAAUUUUAGCUCGUCCAGAUCCGAUUCAUGGCGUCACGGACCACCACAUCAUUGUAUUCCAUUACGAAUAUUAGAUCCGCGACGCAGACAUUCGAGUUGGUUGAUUACUCGUAAAACAUCGCAGGACUCAAAUUUGUCAAGUUCGCGCAAUGAUUCGUCUGCAUCUGCGACGACAGCAUCAACAUCGACAUUUCGAAUGUCUAGAUCUAGUGCAGGCAGUACUACACCGUUGCCACCAAUCAUAGGUAAUAGCAAACAAUGUGGAACGAAACCACGACUGGUACGCCAACAAGCCGUUCAAGAGGAGAGUGCUGAAUUGUCCUGCUCUCCCCCGAGACUAGGCGUAAGAUUUCUACCAACAAUUCCUUCGGCAGCGGACAGUAGCGUUGUGAUCGAUGAAGAAUCGAAUAAUGAUAGUACGGCCGUAGCUGGCAGUGGUAGUGGACCAGGAACACCAUUUUAUACCGUUUUGCAAAGUGGCAGUACAUUGACCACAUUAUCUAGUCCAAAAAACAAAAGUAAACCUCCAUAGAUUGUAAGCUAAUCUGACUUAUGUGAGUGAAAUAUUUUAGUGGUUAAGGUCAUUACAAAGUGCGAAGAUGUAAAAAAAAGAUUUGAGUUCAGGUGUGUAUAGAGAAACGUGAGUGUUCAGAGUUCGUCGACUUAUUUGUUUUUCCUUAAAAAUAUUAGGAUACUGUACGUACAGGCGCAAAAUUGAUUUUUAUUAAUUUGACUUACUUGUCGAUUGUUCUAUCUACACUCGGUGUAAUUUAACUUACGAACAAGGGAGUCUAAGACUACUAAUGGGUUAGAAAUCUUACCAAGCAGACAAGCAAUGCUUAGAGAAAAUUGUGGAAGUUCAGGAGAACACUUUUAAUUUGUCGAUACUAAAUUUGUGCUAACAUAAGAAGUAAGGAUCAAUUUUAUGCCAAUCUGUAUGGGAGGACACUAAGUUUGCUUGGAGAACAUUUGUAAGAUUUCUGAUCCAAGGGAAGUCAGUAAUGUGUUCACUGCGGCUUAAAAAUUUUAUCAGCCAAAAUUUGAAUAGUUUUGGUCAGUUUUCAAUAACAGACAACACAAACAAUCAGUGCCGGUAUCAUCAUCCUCGACCUUAUUAUUUGAUCUUUUGGUGAUAUCCUCUAUUUCUGGUGUUACACUCAAGUCGAGACAUAAAGAACAAUCACAUCUGAGGCUGUAAGUUAUCAGUUGAUUAUGUAAGCGUAUGGGGUAACUAAGUAGACAUCAGGUAGAACCAGGGACUAAACUAAGGAACAUCGCAGGUGGGAAUUUUCCCACCUGCGCCCCCCGAAUUCCCAUCUGUGAAUCCAGACUUCCCCACAAUAAAAAUCAUGUUGACCUUACUUAAAGUAAUCCAAAAGAAACAAUAAUUCAAUCAAAAAUUUGCCUGCGGCGCUUCCAACAUCUACUACGUUUAUUUCUUUGACUCAAAGUCAGGGUCUUUCGGAUGAUAAUAAAACUUGAAAAUGUUUGUAACAUAAAAUGUUCCCUAUCCUGUGAUUGAAAAUAUACAUGAGUGCAGACCAAAAACCUUAAAUGUGUUUGUCGCUCGUAACACGAUAACUCAAGUAAUUCUCAACGGAUUUCCAAAAACCUUUUUAAAUCAACAAAGAAUCAAAUUCCUGAGGUUUCGUUCGAAGAUGGGCUAUAACAGUUUGGUGGCCUUAGAGAUAUUCGCAAAAGAAGUUUGGUGUCGUUGCUUUAGAAAACAACGUGAGACAUUUUCAACGAAUUUCCUAUAUUUUUUUGUAAUUCCUGGGGUUGAGUUGGACGAUGUGCUUUUAUGGACCGCGCGAUUUAAAAAAUAUUCCUAACAGAAUAUCUCUCUCUCCUCUUUAUCAUCUAUUUACUGCCAUCAGUAGUGUUCAUAAAAAAAAAAGAAAUUUCGACAAGUCGCUUCGCUCGAGUUGCAGGGGCAAAUUUUCAGGAAAUUUACUUGCCAGAAAGGUCUUAGAAUAUAGACAAUUCCAACGAAUGAACGUUUCAGCCAGACCAAAUUUAUGACAUCUUUUCAGCGCCUUACUCUGAAAAUUUGUUUUUAAGAAAAUAAACGGAAUGAACAAUUUUGAAAUAAUCAAGACAAAGAACUGCUUUGAGUAAGACCAUUUUAUGAUAUUUUGGUAACAAUUACAAAAAUCUAUUAUGGAUUCGAAGUAAAGGUGGAAUGUCCUUCGAUGUUGUGUGGCUGAUCUGGCUGGAUGAUAAUUUUGUUACUGGCGACAGAUUUUAU